AUGGUGAUCCUGUCGCGGGGGAAGUGCGGUCUAUCCAGGUGUAUCACUCUCUACCUGGUUGCCAUGUCGGCGUCGGAUCUGAUGGUUCUCUUCACCGCCGUCAUUCUACAACGCAUCUCCGGCAUUUACUUCCCCGGGAGUUACCUGUCGCUCACCUGGAUCUGCCGCAUCAAGACCCCAGUCGCUUAUGCGUGCAGAGACUCCUCCGUCUGGCUCACCGUCGCAUUCACCUUCGAUCGCUUCGUGGCCAUUUGUUGCCGCAACUUCAAGGGCAAGUACUGCACCAGAAAAACGGCGGCCUACGUCGUCGCCGCCAUUGAUACUUUGAGCUUUUUGAAGAACUUCGCCUUUUUGUUCCUUUACAACCCGCUGUACAUCGCGGACAACCUGCCUUGGUAUUGCAGAUUAAUCCCUAGUUUUUAUACCUCGCCGUGGUGGCGAGCGUACUCAUAUUUUAACCACGUCACCACCCCCCUGCUACCCUUCGUUCUCAUAUUGUUACUGAAUGUCCUGACGGUCAAACACAUCCUCACCGCCAGCAGAGUCCGGAAGUCAUUGCGAGAUAACUCUCUCCCCGCGAAAGGUCCUGACCCCGAGAUGGAGAACCGCCGGAAGUCGAUCGUAUUACUAUUCAGCAUUUCCGGCAACGUCAUCCUGCUGUGGAUGACUUACGUAGUGCACUAUUUGUAUUUCCGGAUCAGUAAAACGUAUUCUUACUCCGGGUUCAGUGACCCGGUGUUUAUUCUUUCGGAAGCGGGGAAUAUGCUUCUGCUUCUCAGUUGCUGCACCAACACCUUUAUUUAUACAGUGACCCAAAGUAAAUUCAGAGAUGAGCUGAAGACAAUGAUAACGUAUCCGUUCCGUCAGGUUGCUAAAUGUGUUUAG